AUAAUUUGGUCGAAAAGGGACGACAUGCUGAGGUGUACAACAUUCAGUUUCUCUUUCGAUGGUUGCUGUAUGUGUGAGUACAGGAGUGUUGUAUGUGUGACUACAUGCCCAGCUGGGUCUGCAGCUUGGAGACCAGCGGGUUCUCGCCCCCGGCGCAGUAGCCCCCCGCCGCGAAGGCCGACGGCGGCGGCUUUGCAGAUGGGGAGGCAUCGUCAAAGUGAACAUCGACUACUCCAUGUUCAGAUUUGCUCCCUGUUCUCUGUUCUACACAAGUUGCCCGAACAUUUGAGUCUGGAAGUUUGCAGCUGAAGCGAUGAACUUAUGGUCAGCACUUGUCAAAUGGAGCCUCAGAGGCAAAACAAGGACAACAACAUUCAGUAUAUCACUAUGAUUUUCGUUGGUGGUCUUCUGAUUGAUUUGGAAGGAAGAAUUGUUGGUAUGAAUUUCAUAGACGAGAAUAAAAAUCCUUUUUUGCCCGUCCAGAUUGUUGGGAGAUGCCUGAAACACUUCAGAAAGUUUGGGACACUUCUUUCCUGUAUAUGGGACGAUUGCUUGAAGGAUUUGGUGUUGGUGUCAUAUCCUACACGUUUUGACAGGUGAACAGAUGGACAGUGGCUGCUCCUUGCUGAUCAAUUCAAAAUUGCUCUGGCUAUCAAUUCAAGCUUGCUGUGACUGGUGAGAAGACGUCCUGGUCAAUCACCACAUCUGAUCAAUUUCUGUCUGUGGCGAGAACAAGUGGUACAACUCCGGCGAUCAAUUUCUUUGGCGAUUAACAAUUUUGAUCAAUUCAAACAGCAACACAGGCAGCGCUAGUGCUGCUGUUGGUCAGUGCGGG